UUGUCGGGGGUGUUAUAAAUUUUUAAUUUACACUUGUAUUUAAAGUGAAUACAAUAAGUUUUUACUGGUGUUAAAGAAUAAAAUCGUUUAGAAAACCUGAUAGUGAUUGCGAUAGCAAUAGCAAUUAAUAAAAUAAAAUAGCAAUGUAUUCACAAAUUAAAACUUAUUUCAUUUUGAAGUUUUUAAUAUAUCGCUGCAUUUCAUUUUUCCUAUCAAUAAAUGCAAUUAUAAUUUUACAGCAAUCAAACUCGCGCGCAUCUGUAGGUAUUUGUAGUUUACAAUGUGGCUUUACAAUAAUUAUUUCUUGUUCAUAUUUUUAGCAUUAUUGAUGCCCUGUAAUUUUGUAGAAAACAAUAAUCCAAAAGAAAUAUUGUAUGGAAAUAUUUACUUAGUGGAAAAUGUAGUUCCUAGCCAAAUCGAACGAAAGUUUUUGGAAGUGAUGAAUUCUGUUGUACUGAAGAAGCCUGUAGUAAUAGAUUCUAAGAGAAAACAAACUACAAAAGAACAAGACAUUAAACCGACAGGCGCUAUAGUAAUACUUAAACAAGUUAUAAAUGAUAAACAUAAACACAUAACUCACGGAACGAGACUAGAACCACAAAAAAUAAAUAUAGCAGGAUUCGGAAACCGUUCAACACCCAAUAUUCUACGAGACAAGUAUGGUGAUGCUUGCAUUAAAGUUGCUGUACGAAAAUGUUAUAAGGCAUUAAUCGCAGUAAACAAUAAUGUUUGUAAAGUCCGUUACAAAUGCAAGUCCAGUUUCAAGUCUUACUUCAAAAAGAAGUCCAAAGUGGGAUGCAUCAAAGAGUUUGAUUAUAGCAAAGGCACUAAUAAUGGGAAGAAUUCGAGAUAUAAUGCAAGAGGCAACGUGGAUGCUACUAGAGAGGGUUAUCUUGACGCCUGUAUACCUUAUAUGGUACCGAAUUAUAAGGUAUUACGUCGUACCAUAACUCAACGAAACGACACGGUUCCAAAUGUGUUUGCAAACGUGCUACGCAAACGCAAAUCCGAUAAGAAAUGUCAAAGACUGUCCAGAGCGAAGUGUUAUCGAGCUUGCUGUUUCGCGUUAAAUGAGACGUGCACUAAAUAUGACUGCUCCAGGAGAACAAAGAGGAUUUUUAAUAAAAUCUGCAAGGAAGAGUGCAAGAGAGCAUACAAAGUCAAAGGAACAUCCGAUAGUAGCGACAGUAGUAGCGUUAGUGAUUGAAAUUAAAUGUAUAAUUUCUAUA